AUUUCAAAACCACUAUGGAGUAGCUGAAUAGACUAGCAAACUGCCAAAUUUGAAGUAAGAAACGGCAGAAGCAAAAGCUGCCAUUGGAGAGUUCCUGUUUCUUAUGGGUCUUCAGUCAGUCGCUUCCCGGCGCUAAGCUUCACAAUCUUUUCUUUCUUUGUUAAACUACUCUGCUUCAUCAAUCUCCGGUUGUGAUCGCAGAUUCCUAUCAUUUGCUGAAUUUUUUUGAAGCUCAGUUUUCAGAAUGGAUAAGGGUGAUGUCGUGAUGGAGGAUGCUGAAAAGAAGGUCCCUGCUAGUGAUGGCCGAGUGAUCAAUGAGUCACCGGUCAAGUACGAAAACGGUGUUACGACAGAAGGCCUGAAUAACAAAAGUGAGAGUGGGGUUAAGAGCCCUAUAGAUGGCGAAAAUGGCGAUAAAGGGCAAAAGAAUUCUAGUAUAGUGGACAAUCAAGGGAACGCUGAGGACAAGACAGAGGAUCAGAGUGAUUCAAAGGGAGAGGACCUGAAGAAUGCUAGAAUUGAGACAGAGCACCAGCUCAACUCUAAGAGUCAGCUAGAGGCACAUGGCAAUGUAGUCGGUGAUGACAAAGACAGUUCAAGAGGCCCAAACAAUGCUAACGGUGAUGCAGAUGAAAAUAUUACAGGCAGAGAAGAAGCACAAAAUCAGAACAAGAAUGAAAAUGGAGAAGGGGAACUUGAACAAAAUGUGGUGCUGCAGAACAAAAAACCUACUAUUGAUGCUGGAAAGGAUGACAUGAGAAGUGGUAAUGUACAGAUGACUGAUGAUGAAGUACAUGGCAUUGAUAAAGGGGAAAUGCAGGAAGUUCAUCAGAGUGAGAAAAUGAUCGACGAGGUCAAUCAGAAUGGGGAUGAUAUGAUGGUUGAUAGACGAAAGGACUCUCAAAUGAAAACAAAUCCUACAACUGUUACCACUGAUGGUGAUGCUAGGUCAUAUGAGUUUCCAAAAGUGAAAAUCGAAGUUAGUGAUUCUUCUAUUGGAAAAACACCAGAACCAGCUACUUCAAAGUUUCUGAGGAAACCUUCAACUGCAAAAUCUGGACAACAUAGUGGGGAAGCAUCCAAGAAUAUUUCUAAAGAAGCAAAGAUGGCUGAUGAUGAGGUUGAAUAUGAGGACGAGGAUGAUGAAGGUUCCUCUGAGGAUCAAGCUGCAUUUAUAAGAAAACUUGAAAGCUUUUAUCGGGAGAGGGCGAUGGAAUUUAAACCACCUAAGUUUUAUGGUCAUCCGCUUAAUUGCCUAAAGUUAUGGAAAUCUGUGAUCAGACUGGGUGGCUAUGACCGGGUAACUGGAUCCAAGUUGUGGCGGCAAGUGGGAGAGUCCUUUAAUCCCCCCAAGACUUGCACUACUGUGUCUUGGACAUUCCGCAUUUUCUAUGAAAAGGCACUCUUAGAAUAUGAAAGGCAUAACACACAAAACAGAGAGCUUCAACUUCUUAUUGCUCCUCCUCCUCCCGAUUCUUCGGUUGUUGACAAUGAGGGAAGUGGUUACCAAGCUCCUGCAUCAGGAAGGGCACGAAGAGUUUCUGCUGCUCGUGCUAUGCAAGGAUGGCAUGAACAACGCCUUCUUGGUUAUGGUGAGGUUGGUGAGCCAAUUGUAAAGGACAGGGGUGCCAACAAUAUGCCAAAGCGUGAGAAGAACCUCAAAAACAUUGGUUCUCUUAAACACAAGAGACAAAAUGAAGUGGAGCACCCCAUGAAAGCGGCACGAACUGAAACAUCUAAGCAGGUGGUUGCCCCGGUUGUCGAUGUUGGACCCCCUGCUGAGUGGGUGAAAAUCAAUGUUCGUGAAACAAAAGAUUGCUUUGAGGUCUAUGCACUGGUGCCUGGGCUUUUACGAGAGGAGGUACAGAUUCAAUCUGAUCCAGCUGGUCGCCUGGUCAUUACCGGUCAGCCAGACCAACUUAACAAUCCUUGGGGUAUUACUGCCUUCAAGAAGGUCGUCACCUUACCUGCUAGGAUCAAUCCGCUUCAGACUUCUGCUGUUGUAAGCCUGCAUGGACGUUUAUUUGUUCGUGUGCCCUUUGCACAGUAAAAUCUGAUCUGACAAAGCAGGAGUAUUGGUAGUUGACCAAAAUUGUGAAUGCUAGGUCUUAGUUGUUGGAAUUGUGUAUCAUUGUUUUGAAGUAAUUAGUUGUUGACGACGCUCUGUUGGUCCAAAACUUUGAAGGGCCCAGACUGCAAAGGAGGCAUUUUGGCUUCAGCCGCCCCAAUAGUAACUUAGGUUGUCUUGAUACUGUAACUUAUCUCUAUUUUUGGAAGUUCAGCCAAACAGGCUCUUGGUAUAUAAGAGACCUGAAGCUGAAGGUGGUGAAAAUUGUUUUAUCAAAAUAUCAGCAACACUUUUUAUCAGGAAACAAAGUAGCAUCGGUAACUAGCUAGCAUGGAGUUUUUCUCCCUAC